AUGACUAUCAUCUUCCAGGCUUUGGCGACGGGCAUAGUAAGCUACCUGUGCUUGACAAUGGGCAUAAUGUACACCUGGCCAUCUUCUACACUGGUCCUGUUCUCUUCCGCGAACACGACCUUGGACCGGCCCAUGACUGAGACAGAGGUGGCCCUGCUCGGCAGCCUCUCCUCCAUCAGCGCCUUGAUGAGCACGCCCUUCUCCGGAUACAUCCUGGACAAGGUCGGCAGGAGGUACAGCUGCAUGCUGUUCUCCUUGGUGCAGGUGCUCGCUUGGGCGAUUGUGAUACUCUGCUACAGAGUGGAGGCGAUCCUCACGUCAGUGUUCCUUUCGGGGCUGAGCGGAUGCAUGUUCCUUGUGGUGCCGAUCUACGUCGGCGAGCUCUGCCAGGAGUCGAUCAGGGGCAUGAUGACGUCUGGCGCGAUGAUCUUCUACGGUAUCGGGAUGCUCCUCUCUUACCUGAUGGGCGGUCUCUUGGCGUACGAGACAAUGAACUAUGCCUGUCUGACAAUGGCCGUGCUGGGCAUGGUCUUCCUGAUGCUGAUAAAGGAGUCCCCGAUACACCUGAUGAGGAAGGGUCUCGAAAAGGAUGCGGCUAGAGUCAUCGCGUACUACAGAGGUGCCAAGGUUAAUUCCAAGGUGGUUAAGGAGGAAAUGCAAAUGAUUCGUCGUGCUUUGAACCCAGAACUUGACGAAUCAACUUCCGAAGUGGAAAAUUUACAACCAAAGAUGAACGAAAAACUCGAAAUUUCUGUGUGGAAAUUCUUCAGGAAAUCGCGGUCGAGCCGCCGCGCACUUCUUGUGUCCAUCGUCCUCUACACAGCGGCCAUCUUCCAAGGCCUGAUGGUGGUGCAGGUGUAUGCUGAGCCGCUCUUCGCCGAAGCGGUGCCCACGAUAUCGCCGACGGUCUGCAGCGUCGUGUCCGCCAUAGCGACCGUCGUAUCCGGGUUCAUAGCCGCCUACCUAAUCGAGUGGGCCGGGAGACGGCCGCUCAUGAUAUACGCUUCGAUCGCCUCCGGCGUGUGCUGCGUGAUCCUGGGCACCCAGAUCCACGUACACUGGGGCCCGCAUUGGAUCACCGCGCUCUUCAUGUUGCUCUACGUGGUGGCGUACACCUGCGGCGCCGGUACAGUGCCAUUCGUUCUGGCGGCGGAGAUUUUCCUGCCAGAGAUAAAGAGCAUCGCGUCCAUGAUCGCCGUGGAGUGGUGCUUCAUCUGCAGUUUCGUGGUCCUCUUCAUCUUCAACCCGCUGGUGACCGCCAUCGGGCUCGGCCCCGUCUUCUACUUCUUCGCCACCGCCUGUUUCCUCUCCGCCGUUUUCAGCAUCUUCUUCGUGCCAGAGACCAAAGGCUUAACUGUCGACGUAAUACAGAACCUGUUUGCGGCAAAACGCAUCGAGAAAGUU